AUGGAUACUCCUUCAAGUCGGAUUCAGGAUUCCUUGAUUACAACCGGCUUCAGUGUGGCUAUUUGCACGGGUGUUCACCUGGUAGUCAAGCCACUAUGGAGAAAAGCGGUAGGAGAGAAGAAGUAUACGUCAUUGAAGAAGAGGGAACGUAUUUACCUCGCCGAAAAGACUGUUUCCUCUCUGAAUGCCAUCGUGACCGGCGGCCUUGCAUUGUACGCUAUAACGUCUGGUAGCUAUGCUGGAGAUGUAGUAUAUCCGUAUCCCAAAGCCGCGCAUUAUGCUCUCGCUUUUGUAUGCGGAUACUCGUUGUACGACACAACCGUGAUGGCUCUCGGGGCACAUGAACCUCCCAUCAUGUGGGCUCAUCACAUACUCGGACUAGGCGGUGCUUUCGCAAUGAUGUGCUAUCGGGAGCUUUCCUUCUUCCCAGUCGCAUUCGCCGUCUCGGAGCUUACUGUUCUACCAAUCAACCUAGUGUGGUACCUCAACAAACUCGGUAUCUCUCGCAAAUCUCGACGAAUGCGAGCAGCUCUUCUCGCAAGAGCCAUCGCAUUCUUGACACUCCGUGCACCAAUUGGGCUGCUUACCUUUGCGUAUGCACAUACAAAUACCAAGGGUGGACUACAGGCGUUAUGGAGGAGACUCUUUGUGAACAAAGAAGUCAAUCAGUUCGUCUCGCGAGCGGCGGCUUUCAACGUUUCUGCUUUUACGAUCAUGAACCUUCUUUGGACGUACCAAGCCGUCAAAGUCGCCAUGCAGGUAGAGAUAGAUAGCAAAGAGGAGUGA